AUGUGCUGUGGUGGCUACUAUGGGGGCCUGGGCUAUGGCUAUGGCUCCGGUUAUGGCUGUGGAUGUGGCAGCUACCGUGGCCUAGGCUAUGGCUAUGGAGGCUGUGGCUAUGGAGGCUGUGGCUGUGGAGGCUAUGGCUAUGGAGGCUGUGGCUAUGGAGGCUGUGGCUGUGGAGGCCUGGGUUAUGGUGGCUGUGGAGGCCUGGGUUAUGGUGGCUAUGGCUGUGGUGGCUAUGGCUAUGGCUGCUGCCGCCCAUCUUGCUGUGGAAGCUAUUCUUCCUAUGGCUUCUAUUGA